AAAGUCAAAGAACCAAACCUUCCAUCAUUAUCAUGUUAAUUAGGACGUGUAGUAUGAGCUGGUUUAUACUUUAUACUUAUAUCCUGCUUUAAUGCCAAAGGAAUCCAAGAGCAGAGAAAAAGAAGAAAAAGUAGACAAUAAAGCAAAUAAAAAGUUUUCACAGUGUGGACAGAAGAAGCUUUUACCCACUUCUUUAAGCUCAUUCAAAUCUCAUAAUUAUCUAGUCUUUACUUUUUUUCACUCUUUUAUGUACACACUCACUCACACUACAUAAAUUUUCCCACUGUUUCUAAUCUUAUAGCAUUUGGUAAAUCACUGAAUUAAUUUCUCCUAUACAAAUGGGGAGAGUAGCAGGUAUUUUUCUUUGUCUUGUAAUUGUUAUAAUGGAUGUUGUAGCUGGGAUUCUUGGCUUUGAGGCAGAAAUAGCACAAAACAAGGUUAAGCAUUUAAAGUUGUGGAUAUUUGAGUGUAGACAACCAAGUCAUGAGGCCUUCAUGCUAGGGCUAGGAGCAGCAGUGCUUUUGGGAGUAUCACAUGUUAUGGCCAAUUUGUUAGGUGGCUGCAAUUGUAUUUGUUCUCAACAAGAAUUUGACAAGGCUUCCCCCAAUAGGCAACUCUCCCUGGCUUGCCUUAUUUUCACCUGGGUUGUGGUGGCAAUUGGAUUGUCCAUGCUGGUGAUAGGAUCUAUGUCAAACAAUAAGUCAGAGGAUUCUUGUGGGUUCUCACACCAUCACUUUUUGUCCAUUGGUGGGAUUUUGUGUUUUAUUCAUGCCCUAUUUUGCAUUGUAUAUUACGUUUCUAUCACUGCCUCUAUGAAUUAACAUUUUGUAAUGCCAUGUUCGAGGUGCUUUUAUGUUGAGUUUCGGUUUUAAAUUUCAA